CCCUCUUGAACAACCAACAACCUCAAAUCAAACUUCAUUCACGUCCUCCACAAUGAAGGUCACCGCCAUCUUCUACACUCUUCUUGCUGCCACUGCCGUCAGCGCUUCAGCAAUGCCUCAAAACGACUUCGAGAUCCUGGACACCUGCGGCUCUGGCUAUGGUGGUGACCAGAGACGUACCAAUAGCCCUUGUGCAUCGUCCAACGGAGAUAGACACUUCUGCGGCUGUGAUAGGACAGGCGUUGUCCAGUGCAAGGGGGGCAAGUGGACUGAGAUCCAAGACUGCCACCGGGGCACCUGCCAUGGUGGCAAUAACGGCGGAGCUGUUUGCUAAGUCGAGAGGCCAUUGCGUACGCUACCAGUCGUACUGGAGUGGUAUGUUAGCCGCAACUACUAGGGCGGUCUAGUUAGUAAAGGCCCUGAGGUCAAGUCAGUGGAAGGAUUCAACAUCUAUAUCUCUGCUGAAACUUUUUUGUUGUUUUGGUUUUGUUGUGCAAUACUGAGUUUUUGUGCCAAUAUACUCGUCAUUCAUUAGGCGCUAGAUAUUUCUAAAAUCAUCAGUGCUGUUAGUGAUU